CGCUGCAGUAGCAGGCUCAGUUAAAUCAACAUCCGUGAGCCACACAUAACGUCAGCGAAAGAUCUGAGACGGCCCGGCUAAACUUCUGAUUCUGUAGAUGACAUCUGCGGCGCCAAAGGGGGAGAACUGCCUUGUCGACAUGGAUAGCAAGGCUGGAGAUCUUUUCAGUGCAGAGGAUGCUCAUCCAACUGGCACAGGGGGAGCUGGAAUCUUGGCAAAGCUCUGGCUCCCCAAAGGCUUCUCGGCCAGUAUGGCUAAAGAGUGGAUCGACAGGCGCCGAGUGUCCAUUCGGCCUUGGGCCAGCUUUGUAGACCAACGCAAGUUUUCAAAACCCCGCAACUUUGGAGAGCUGUGUCAGAGGGUGGUGAAAAAUGUGGAGACUUACAACAGCAAUUAUACCUUCAUCUUUUUGGGUCUCAUCCUCUACUGCAUCAUCAGCUCACCCAUGCUGCUGAUUGCCUUGGCUGUGUUUGCUGGUGCCUUCUACAUAAUCCACCUCAAGUCUUUGGAGUCCAAGCUGGUCAUCCUUGGCAAGGAGCUCACUGUCCCUCACCAGAUGAGUCUGGCUGGGGCGGUCUCGCUACCGGUGUUCUGGCUGGCUGGAGCUGGAGCUGCGGUGUUUUGGGUUCUGGGGGCAACGCUCUUUGUGAUUGGUUCUCACGCUGCGUUCCGUGAGCUGGAGGGAUCUGACAUAGAGGAGCUCCUCAUGGAGCCCGUGUGAAGAUCAGGCUAAACUCUCAGCAGGUGCCGGUUGGUGAUCAGUUAUCAUUUUAACCUUGUAAAUGUGUCAGCCCAUGAAGGUUGUGGAACAGCUGCUCCUGCUCCUUGCCUGUGUCCGUAUUGUAUGUUCCCUGUAGUUUACUGAUAACGUUGUAUCAAGAACGCACUUUGUCUUGCCUCUGAAAUAACUGUUGUUACAGACUGCUUUUUAAAACUCAUUUAUGCACAUGACUUUCCAUAUGCACAAUUAAGUAGUUUCUGAACGUAUACCUAAGCUUAUUAUUACACUGAAUAUACAGCUUUUUCUACAUAUUGAAAACCUUGGAUGCCUCUAGUUUGUGUUCGAUGGCUUCUUGCUUCUCACAGCGCCCCAUUUAUAUAGUGACAUAUCUGACCUGUAAACAACUAAUCUCUAACUGGACCAUCUGUGCUGUAGUCUCUGCUAUAGAUAUCUUGGGAAAUAGAUUACAGCUGAGAGAGACGUGGAUUUCUCAUGUAAAGAGUAUAUACAUGUGGGUGUAAUGUUCACACUACAGAAUGGGCUGGCUAACUUAUAAACUGGUAUAAACUGAUUUAUUUUCCAAAGGAAAAGUGCCAUUUAAAGCUUUACAAUUGUGUCUACCAAUCAUUUAAAAAUGAAAUGACUUUUUUUUAUUUUGUGUUUGGUAUUUCAGAUAGGCUUCCUAAUAAUGAUAGGUUUAAGAUGAAGACAUCUUAUAAGGUCAACACUUAAUCUUGGUACUUUGUAUUGGAAAUUAUACUUUGCUGAUCAUCUAUAUGCAUUCAGAUCUGAAGGUCAUGUAAAAGUGAUUUUUUUUUCUUGAAUUUAUUAUUCAUUUGUUUACAUUUUGGUGUACAUUGGGUGUUAUGUAUUCACAAUUUGGAAGUGCAAUAAACUCCUGAUGUAAAGCUG